GCCAGCGGAUUACAAACUCUAGUUAAGUGGCGCACCGUCCUCCUCCUCCUCUUCAUCUUUUACCCACAGUAAACCCAGGCGCGCGGAGUGCAUCCUCACCGUGCUCGCCCUGUGGGAAUUAGAAAGCAGCUCUCUGGCUGUCAGCGGCAAAACCGGCCGAGCUCUGCAGUGUAUAGGGGGACUGAGGAGAACAUAUAGACAAAAGAGUGAGGAGAAGGAGAUGGGUCCGGAGGCGGUGAGGCAUCCGUGAUUGUCAAGUAGGCUAAACGGCAGUGAAGUUCUUCGGCUCUGCUCGUAUCUUUUCUCCAGGUCGUUGAGUGUGUGAUUGUGUGUUCAGCAUGAGUAACAUCUAUGAGUCUGCAGAGGCCACGCUGGGCUUCAUCAGCUCCCCAUGCCUGGCCAAAGUGGAGCUGAGAGUGGCCUGCCGGGGGAUCUCGGACCGCGACGCUCUCUCCAAACCAGACCCUUGCGUGGUGCUGAAGAUGCAGUCGCACGGGCAGUGGUUUGAGGUGGACCGUACAGAGGUGAUUCGCAGCAGUAGCAGCCCCGUCUUCUCCAAGAUCUUCCUGGUGGACUACUACUUUGAGGAGGUCCAGAGGCUCCGCUUUGAACUUCAUGACAUCAGCUCUGGCAACAAUGGCCUCCGCGACGCUGACUUCCUGGGAGCCAUGGAGUGCACCUUAGGACAGAUCGUCUCUCAGAGGAAACUGACCAAAGCUCUACUCAAACAGGGAAACACUUCUGGGAAGUCCUCCAUAACGGUGACAGCAGAGGAAUUGUCUGGUAAUGACGAUUACGUUGAACUCUCCUUCAGCGCUCGUAAGCUAGACGACAAGGAUUUCUUCAGCAAGUCAGACCCCUUCUUGGAGAUUUUCAGAAUAAAUGAUGAUGGGACCGAGUCGCUCGUGCACAGAACAGAGACGAUCAUGAACAACCUGAGCCCAGUUUGGAAAUCAUUCAAAGUUUCCUUUAACACACUCUGCAGUGGUGACCAUGAUAGGGAGCUAAAGGGCACAGUCUGGGACUGGGACUCUAAUGGAAAACACGACUUUAUUGGGGAGUUUCAGACCACCUUUAAAGAGAUGAGAACGGAGCAGGAGGGCAAACAGCUUCAGUGGGAGUGCAUCAACCCUAAAUACCAGAUGAAGAAGAAGAAUUACAGAAACUCUGGUGUUGUCAUUAUCAACCACUGCAAGAUCAUAAAAAUGUAUUCCUUCCUGGAUUACAUCAUGGGAGGCUGCCAAAUUCAGUUCACAGUGGCAAUAGACUUCACAGCAUCCAAUGGUGAUCCCAGAAACAGCUGCUCCCUCCACUACAUCCAUCCCUACCAGCCCAACGAGUACCUCAAAGCGCUGGUGGCUGUAGGAGAGAUCUGCCAAGACUAUGACAGUGAUAAAAUGUUCCCUGCGUUUGGUUUUGGAGCACUGAUACCACCUGACUUCAAGGUUUCACAUGAUUUCGCCGUGAACUCUGAUGAGGACAAUCCUGAAUGUGCUGGGAUCCAAGGCGUGGUGGAGGCCUACCAGAAUUGCCUCCCUAAGAUCCAGCUCUACGGGCCCACCAACAUCGCUCCAAUCAUCCAAAAAGUUGCUUCGUCUGCCUCCGAGGAGAUGCACACCAAAGAGGCCAUGGAAUACUUCAUCCUGUUGAUCCUGACAGACGGCGUCAUCACCGACAUGGCGGACACACGGGAGGCCAUCGUGCAUGCGUCCCACCUGCCCAUGUCAGUCAUCAUCGUCGGCGUGGGCAACGCAGACUUCACAGACAUGCAGAUAUUGGACGGGGACGAUGGGAUCCUGCGUUCACCAAAGGGCGAGCCUGUCCUCCGCGACAUCGUCCAGUUCGUCCCCUUCAAGGACUUCAAACACGCCUCCCCAGCUGCACUGGCUAAGAGUGUUUUGGCAGAAGUCCCUAACCAGGUGGUGGAUUACUACAACGCAAAAGGCAUCAAACCCAAGUGUAUGUCGGACUAUGAGUCCACAAGAACCUUCAGCCCCUGACAAUGGACUACAUGCAAACAUACACUCAAAUACAUACAUAUAUCAUGUAUAUAUACAUAUACAAAUGUAUGUAUGUACUGUAUAAUACAUAUACACAAGUAAAAGCACAAGCAUAUUUCCACACACAAACAAACACAUAACCAUAUCACAUAAUACAUAAAGUAGUCUAGCUCAGAGAAUUAGUUCGUUCUGGUGAAACAAUUUGAACUACACCGUUGAUGACUGUUGCAUGUUUGGCCACAAUGGCGUCACCUGGGAAAUUAUUACUAUCUACUGUAUACCUAAAAGAUAUUUAUAGAAAUAAGAGCAGUCUUUUGAACCAGCAUGCAGACUCAGACCAUAGCCCACCCAAAGAAAUGACAUUCCUACCUUAUUUAGAUAACUAGCAAGUAGCCUAAGUAACCCAAAAGAUCUGUGGGUAGUAAAAAAAAUGUGACUGCAUAGCCCGCAAUGCUUAGAAUUAGCAAUUCAAAUGUUAUUUAUGGCAACGGUGUCCCUGUUAGUGUACCGCAUAAACGCAUGAAUAAUUCAGCUCCUGCUAAUAUCCAAUCUCCAGUACCCGCUUGCUAGUUAUGAAAUAAAGUAUCUCUGUCAUUUGAGUGACAUUCAGGGUUGUCGUGGGUGUUUGGGGGUUCUUUUCUACAGAUUUGUUUGAGAUUUUGCUAAAUGGAAAUGAACAACUUAAUAAUUGUAAUAAUUUCUUAAUAACCUUCUUACAUUGUAAAGAGUUUUGGGAGGUUAGCAAAGCGUGUGUGGUAGACACUUAUCAGUGAGCUGAAAACUGUUUUUUUCUGUAUUCUGCAUGUUGAUUAUAAUAAAGACAUUUUGGUUUUCUCAUUUCGGUGUGAUCCAAUGUUUGUGUGUAUGUGUACUUGUAUUAAUCAUGUUGUGGGUAGAUAAAUAUGUCUAUAAAUUGCCUGGGAUUCAAUUCAAUUUUAGAUUUUUUGGUUUUUGGUAAAGGAUAGUGUAAGGUGUGGGGCUAGACAUGUAUUUAUCAUUGUAAGGUUCUCCAAGGAAUUCAUGUAUAACAAAUUGACUUCCUCCCAAGUGACAUAAAUCAAAAUGCAUUUUGUGUGUUCAGGGUUGCGAUAUAACCUAGAAUUAAAAAGAACGACAACAAAGACUU